GUUAAUAAUUGUGGUCUUCAGCUGGUUAUCCAGACCUCAUCAAUAGCAGAGAAAAGCAAACCAUUUGAAUUCAGGAUAAAUAAAGAACAGUCAUCUUUCCACAGUAGACUUCUGCAGCAUGAUCUGGAAAAAAACUAUUCGGGAAGGCAAGGAGACCAAAGAGUAUUAAGUCCUUUGGUGCGUAAUAAGCAGCUGUAUCUUCCAGUACCAUCCAGUCUGACAGAACUUUCUGGUUUGGAGCUGAAGCAGAAUACAGGUUCUUUAUCGGGAUUUGGCGAGACUUCUAUUCACACACCUACAAAAUCCAGAUCUCGACAAAGCAGCCACAGUAUUAGUUCACAUGCUUCAGAUAACACAAAUUUUGGGAGCAGUUCAUCAAUAACAUUUCCUGUAUUGCAUCGUACUGCUGAAGAAAAAAUACUGAACUCUGACAGACUUACCUUGGAAAGGCAAAAACUGACAGUGUGCCCAGUUAUUGAUGGGGAAGAUCUUCGCCUUUUGAAUUUCCAACAUAACUUUAUAACCCGGAUCCAAAAUAUUUCUAAUCUGCAGCAUCUUGUUUUCUUAGAUUUGUAUGAUAACCAGAUAGAAGAAAUAAGUGGGGUUUCAACUCUGAGAUCCCUAAGAGUCCUUUUGUUGGGAAAGAACAGAAUAAAGAAGAUCUCAAAUCUGGAGAACCUAAAAAAUCUUGAUGUUUUAGAUCUUCAUGGAAAUCAGAUUACUAAAAUAGAAAACAUCAGUCAUUUGAAUGAACUCAGAGUGUUAAACCUUGCCAGAAACCUACUAACCAUUGUAGAAAAUCUUAAUGGACUGGAUUCACUCACAGAGCUCAACCUUCGUCAUAAUCAAGUCUCUGCCAUAAAAGAUGUGGAUACUUUGCCAUGUCUCCAGCGUCUCUUCCUCAGCUUCAACAAUAUAUCUAGUUUUGAGGAUAUUCUGUGCCUUGCUGAGUCCUCAUCUUUGUCAGAUAUCACCCUUGAUGGCAAUCCAAUAGCUCAGGAGACAUGGUACAAACACACUGUUCUCCAUCAUAUGAUGCAGCUCCGACAGCUAGAUAUGAAGAGGAUCACAGAAGAAGAAAGACGUAUGGCAUCUGUUGCAGCAAGGAAAGAGGAAGAAAGGAAGCGUGAAAGUCAUAAACAGAACUUGCUGAAGGAAAAGAAACGGUUAACGAUUUGUAAUAUUGCUCGUCAGUGGGAGAUACAGCAGAAUCGAAUAGCUCUUGUGGCUUCUUUAAACCAAGAUAAAGAUGAUGAGCCCUGUCAGAUUAAUGGCAGUGCUGCAUAUGUAUUUCCUGAAGAAAACAGGUCUCUUGAUACAAUAUUGAGCAGUGCAGUACAAGGCUUGUCUGUUCUUGAGUCUCAUUUAGUGGAAGUGGAAGGAGACACUCUUUGCUUGUAUGGUGCUGGUGCGCUGGAGUGCCUGGAUCGAAACUGGAGUGUUCAGACAGCUGGAAUUAUUGUCACAGUCUCCUUUAUGUUCAUAGAAUUUGAUGAAAUUGUUCAAGUGUUAACUAAACUGAAGAUAAAAUUUCCUAAUUUUGUGCACCUGAAGUUUAAGGAGACAAAUCUUCUGGCCCUGCAGCAAUUCAAUGCAUUAGCUCAGAUGCAUCGCAUUGAACAGUUGACAGUUGAUCCUCAGGGAAAUCCAGUUGUAAACUUUACUUUGUGGAAAUACUAUGUUCUGUUUAGACUGAACCAUUUUAAUCUACAGAAGAUAAAUGGAGUGAAGGUUACUGAAAAUGACGUUGUAAUGGCAGAAAGGCUCUUUGGCAUUCUGGCAUACGUAGCAUCCUCUGAGCUGCCACAUUAUCGCAUGCUUUCAUUAUUUGGAGAAUCUAGGAAGAAGCAGUUGCAUUAUCUGCUGGAGGGAAAGGGAAAGAAAUCUGGAAUUGGGAGUGAGGAGAGUAGUGACAACAGAAGAAAUGGAGGGGAAAGCACAGCUCGAGCAACGUUGAAUUACACAACAAAGGAUUUUCAUAUGGAAAAGCUUGAGGAAAUCAAGGAAAGAAAAGCAUUUUGCCAGACAUACGUUGAGAACUUAGUGAAAGAAGCAGCUGACAUCAAUAUGAAAAAUGAGUCGUUGCAGAAGCUCUGGCCUCAAAUGUUCAUUGAGCUUGUCAGAGACGCAGUGAUAGAAAUACGCAAUAAAAAUUCCUACAUGAAACUCUGCUUACAGCGGAUCAUUGAUCAAAACCAGUAGAAUCAAGGCUUGUUCUCUUGCAAGCUUUUGGUUUCAGUAUUCCAUGAUGUUUUACAAACUUAAAACAAUAUAAAAUUACCAUCAGUAUGACAUACUUCACACCCCACCCCAUAGGGAUGGCUUUAAAUCUUAAUUAACUCUUGAUAGUUGUGAAAUACAAGUUUACUUGCAUACUGCUUUAAUGGUUCUUCCUUGGCUAAAGUGAUGAGAUGGCAUAGAAGUAACUUGGUGAUUGUCAUGUUUUACUAAGUCUCGUUUAUUUUUUCUGCUACCCUUGCUUCUGUAGUGCUACAGCA